GGUCCGAGCAGUGCUUGGCCCCCCAGCCUCAGUACGACUUCAGUCAGAGAGCGCUCAAAGCAGCUCUGAGAUCUUCUCUCACUCUCUCAUUUCGCUCCUUCCUCGUCAUCCCUCUUGUCUACCUUGCCCCGCAGGAGUCUGAGGAAUGCUUGGACCCCCAGCCUCAGUACGAUUUCAGUCUGAGAGCGCUCAAAGCAGCUCUGAAAUCUGCUAGGUCUGUUAUGCUGGCGCAGACAGAAUUGGAGGGGGUGCGAGGCAUUUUCGGCCAGCUGGCAGCCAAGCUGGCACCUGCUGACGUGGCAACCUUCCGGGAGGUGGUUUCCCGGAACCUUCCGGACGUGGCUGUGGAGGAGAUGGGCGACGCUGAGCUGACAGCGGCGGUGGAGGUGGUGUGUGAGAGGGAGGGGUACGUGGCGAGCUGUGAUUGGACGAGGAAGGUGCUGCAGAUGGCGAGGUUGAUGGGGCUGCAUCAGGGGAUCAUGCUGGUGGGGCCGCCUGCUGGGAAGACCACGGCCUGGAGAGAGAGUCUGUCCAAGGCACCACCCUCUCCCAAGCAGGCGCUCUUUGGGGCGUUGAGGCAACCACCCUCUCCUUCUUCUCCCCAUUCUCUCCUCCCCGCCUCCAGUGCUGCACAAGGCCCUGGAGGCAACGAAAGGUCGCAGGUGUCGGUGACAGUGGUGGAUCCUAAGAGUCUGUCGCUCCCAUUCCCGCCUCCCCUUCUUGCAGUGCUGCGCAAGGCCUUGGAGGCAUCGCAAGGCGUGCAAGUAUCCGUGACAGUGGUGGAUCCCAAGAGUCUGUCCAAGGAGGCGCUGUUUGGGAGUGUGGAAGCCACCACGCGGGAGUGGAGUGGCAGGACGGCGUGUUCACCCAAGCCUCUACUCUCUACCCCCUCCCUACCCUCUUCUCUUCCUCCCCUUCCUACCCUUUCACCCCUGUCUGCAGUGCUGCGUGAGGCCUUACAGACAUCGCAAGGCGUGCAGGUGUCCGUGACAGUGGUGGAUCCCAAGAGUCUGUCCAAAGAGGCGCUGUUUGGGAGCGUGGAAGCCACCACGCGGGAGUGGCAGGACGGCGUGUUCACCCGGGCUUUAAGGGCCGUCGUGCGAGAGAGCGCCCCUCACAUGCACUGCAUAUUCGAGUGCCCCUCCAUCUCACCCACAACACUCUGCAUUCUGCCCCCCUCUCCCACGCUCCCCACCCCGUCUGCCCUCCCCUGCCACCCAUCAGGUCAUGACUCUACCCACAGGAGAACGCCUGCCCCUCCUCCCCCACAUGCACUGCAUCUUCGAAUGCCCCUCUCGCUCACGCCACUCCCGCCACCACCUCUCGUCUCGGAGUGGUCUGCUUCCCCCACUCCCUCCUCUCCCUCCCCAUGCUCCUCCACCGCUUCCGCUUCCUCCUCCCCCCCAUGCCCUUCCCCCCACCCUCCUCCUCCCCGUGGGGGAAAAGAUGAGGUGGCAUGCCGUGCCACGUCAGAGCAGCUGCUGAGCUGUUUCGCUGACGUGGCGAGCGGCCAUUGGAAGCCGUGGGAGGCGGCUCUGCCUGGAUUGGCUGAUGCUGAUGCUGCUGUUGGGGGGUGCUUCGGGGAUGAGGAGGAGUCGUUUAUCGCUGAGCUGGAGCAGCACUGCCGCUACGUCAAGCUCCCUGCUGGUGGUGCUCGUGGUGCUGGUGUUGGUGUUGGUGGUGCUUCUGGUGCUGCUGCUGCUGCUGCCGGUGUUGGUGUUGGUGCUGCUGGUGGGUCACACGAAACAGCAGCAGCAGCAGCAGCAGCAGCAGCAGCAGCAGUGGUUUCGACAUCAGCAUCAGCAGUGGCAGCAGCAGCCGCCACUUCCAGUGUUAACUGGGCGCUGGAGCCUAAGGACCCAGUACCAGCGGACGGCCGUCUGCUGCUAUUGUUAGAUGAGGUGAAUCUCCCCGCCCCUGACGCUUUUGGCACCAUCCGCAUGGCCGGCCUGCUUCGGCAGCUAGCGGAGCCGCAGCUGAUUCCGCAGGCGGCGGGCGGGGUGGGCGGCGGUAGUGGGGAAAGCAGCAGGAAUGGCGAUACGCACGGCAGCAGCAGCAAUAACGUUGGCAGUGGUGGUGGUGGUGGUGGUGCUGGCAGUGGCGGGUGUCAUUUGCAGCCACUUGCAAUCCGGCUUCAGACGUUGCGGCAGCAUGAACUGCCUGUACGCCUGACCAGGCAUCUCACUGUUGCUCAUGUUCCGUUUCCGUCCGGGCGCGGCUUCUACGAGAAUAUACAGCACGUUUAUAAGGGGGAUAUUGGCCCGGAACUGGCCUGGGGUGGCAGUGAGGCGCGGGGGCAUCCUCAGGUGGUUUCUCAGGUGGAUUCUCAGGUGGUUUCUCAGGUGGGCGCGUGCCUGGCAGCGGCGAUGGUGGAGGUGUAUGGAGGAGUGUGGGGUGAGAAAGGGGUUCAGAGGGGUGGAAAGGGAGACGGGGACGAGAGGGGGGAGAAGGGGGCGGUUGAGAGGGGUGAAAAGGGUGGAGUGAGUGGGAAGAGUGGUAAGGGGCGUAUGGGUGCUGGUGGUGCGAGAUUGGGUGGUGGUGUGGGGCUGGUUGGAGCAACAAGUGCACAUACAGGCGUUGGCGGUGCGGCUAUCAUCGGUGGUGAUGGGGAGGGCAACUGGGCGGCAAGGCUUGUCCUGUCAUGGCUGCAUGAGGGAAUGCGCAUCUGGUAUGAUAGGCUGGUGUUUCUUCAGGUGCUGGGGCAGCAGAAAAGGCCGGGGACAGGAGAGGAGGAGCAGGAAAGCGGGGCGUCAAGCAGCAGGGCAGGAGAGAUGGAGGAGGAAACUGGGAGGAGAGUAUUGGAAGAAUCGGAAGAACUGGGAGUGGAGAAGGGGGAGGAGGAUGCAGUGGAGGUGCAAGCAGGGGAGGUGGUAUUGACUGAUGAGUUUGUGUGUGCGGUGGUGAGGGCAGCAUCGGUGCUGCAGCAGCCCAUGGGGCAUUUGCUGCUGCUGGGUCCUCCUGCAACUGGGAAAUCGACCGUUGCCAGGGCGGCAUCGUUGCUGCAGCAGCCCAUGGGCAACUGCUGCUGCUUGGCCCUCCUGCCACUGGAAAGUCUACUGUUGCCAGGUGGGUGUGAAGUAUUUCUGUUUGCUUGUGUGUGUGUAAUCGCUGUGAUGGGAUUGGAGGAGGGGCAGGUGGCACGGCACUCCCUCCAUGUGCUUCCUUUUGAGGCGCCUCAAAAGUCAUUCCUGUUUGCUUGUGUGUGUGUGAUCGCUGUGAUGGGAUUGGAGGAGGGGCGGGUGGCGUUCCCUCCAUGUGCUUCCUUGGUUGCCCUCUCCACUUACCCACGAUCCGCAAUCGCUGCGACGGGAUUGGUGGAGGUGCGGGUGGCGCUGCACGCGGGAUUCGAGGAGCGCGAGCUGGACGGCCCGCUGGAGGAGGCGCUGCGGGCGGCGGGGUGCGACGGGCGGCGCGUUUGUCUUGUUCUGGAGGAGGCGCAUCUGGUGGAGAGCGCUGUCUUGGAAAGGCUCAACUCGCUUCUCACGGGGGGGGACGUUCUUGGGCUGUUUGGAGCGGAAAAGCAGCAGGAGCUGCUUGAAUCCCUCCGGCAGCGAGGGGAGGGAGAGGGAAGCGAGGAGGCAGCAUGGGCAGGGUUCAGGAGGAGGAUCCAAGGGGACCUGCACGUGGUGCUGACGAUGACCAGCCAGGGCAGCGCGCACAUGCGCCAGAGCAUGCUGGCGUCCCCGGCUCUCUUCAACCGCUGCACUGUGCUCUGGCUGCCGCCCUGGGGGGACACGGGGCUUGCUCCGCUUGCUCAGAGUCGCCUCGCCGGUGUUUCGCUGGUUCACCCUGUCUCGGCCGCAGCUGCUGCAGCAGCAGGAGGAGCAGGAGGAGGAGUAGGAGGAGGAGCAGGAGGGGCAGGAGGAAGAGGAGACUCCAAGCAGAUUGAUAUGCCGGCUGAUUCUGCGGGUGGUGCUGCUGGUGGGGCUGGGGAAGCGAAGGAGAGGCAGCUGCUGGCGGAGGUUCUGGUGGCAAUUCAUGGCUGCGCUGUUAGUGCUGUUAGCGAGUCGCUCAAUAACAGAGCUUUUGGGAAGGCUGGGCUGGGAGGGGAGCAGCAGCAGGAGGGGAGCUUGCAGCAUUCCUUCUCCCCAGACUCUCUCAUCUCCCUCCGCUCCUUCUCAGACCUCCUCACCCACUUCCACUCCUCCGUCUCCCACUCGCACCGCCGCGCACACCGCACCUUCCAGCACCUCUCCCUGGGCCUCACAAAAGUCACAGCCGCAGAGCACCGCGUAGUACUCCUCCGAAAACACUUAGAACUCAAAUCGAAGGAGCUCCAAGUGAAAGAGUCUGCUGCGAACGGGAAGUUACAGCAGAUUGCGGCUGAGCAAGCGCUAGGGGAGAGGCAGAGGAAGGAAGCCCAGGGGCUGAUUGCGAGGUUGGACGAGCAGGCAAGGAGUGUGGAGAGGCAUAGGAGGGAGGCGCAGGAGAAUCUGGAAAGGGUAGAGCCGGCGGUUGAUGCGGCGAAAACUGCAGCCCCGGAGAGGCAGAGGAAGGAAGCUCAGGGGCUGAUUGCGAGGUUGGACGAGCAGGCAAAGAGUGUGGAGAGGCACCGGAGGGAGGCGCAGGAGAAUCUGGAGCGGGUCGAGCCGGCAGUUGAUGCGGCGAAAACGGCGGUGAAGUCGAUCAGGAAAUCCCAGCUGGACGAUUUGAAGGCCAUGCCGAAUCCACCGAGCGCCAUUAAGCUGCUAGAUGAUCUCAAGGCCAUGCCGAAUCCACCGAGCGCGAUUAAACUGGUGAGUGCGUGCAGGUGUGCUUGCUAUGCCAUAGGGUGGCAGGGUGUUCUCUCCGUGGUGCGCCAAAAUAGCUUCAUCUGCUCCACUCCCUUUCCCUUCUUCCCCACCCCACCCUGCCCUCUUCAACCAGACGCUGGAAGGAGUGUGUCUGCUCCUGACCGGCUUAAAGCCCUCCACGUGGCAGGGCAUUCUCUCUUGCUGACGCUCGAGGGCGUGUGUCUCCUCCUGACGGGUUUAAAGCCCACCACGUGGCAGGGCAUUCUCUCUGUCGUGCGGCGAAACGACUUCAUCCCCAAUAUACUGGGAUGCGAUAUGGAGGCCAUAGACCCCGUGCUGGUGCUGCGCGUGAAGCGAGAGUACCUGGAUGCGCGAGUGAUCUCAUUUGAUGCCGUCAACAGGGCGAGCAAGGCGUGCGGGCCGCUGUUCUCGUGGCUGGAAGCAGCGGUGCAGUAUGGGGAGAUCAUCCGGGCCGUGCAGCCCAUGAGGGCCGAGAUGGAGCAGCUGGAGGGGGAGGCGGGGAGCAUGGCGGAAGAAUUGCAACACGUGCAGGAGUCCAUUGGCAAUCUGGAGGAGCGCAUGGAAGCAUGCCGCGACGAGCACUCCCUCCUCCUCUCCGCCUGUGAAGCCAUGCGAGCCGACAUCCACCAAUCAAAGCUCGCCAUGCAGCGAGCCGCCAGCUUAGUCAAAGACCUGACGUACGAGCGUGACCGUUGGAUGAAGCAGCGCGAGAUGCUCAAGAGUCGGGCGGCGGCGUGCUUAGGCGACGCUUUGCUAAGAGCCGCGAGUCUGGCGUAUCUGGGCCCGCUGGAGUUGGCUGAAAGGCAGCGGCUUUUAGCUAAGUGGCAGGAGGUGGUGGGUUCCCGCGGGUUGAAGUUCUCGCAAGGGGGUGUGCUGAGGGGUGAGGUGGGGUUGGAUGGGGUUCAAGAGAGGGGAGCGGAGGGGGGUGAGGAGGGGUGGGGAGGGGUGGAGGAGGAUGAGGAGGUGGAGGAGCGGGCGAAAUGGGAGGCGGUGGGGUUACCACAGGACGAGUAUGCGUUACAGAACGCAGAAUCGGUGCUUAAGUGCCGGAGGGUGCCUCUCCUUGUGGACCCUUCUGGAAGAAUGGUUGAGUUCCUUCGGAAGGUUCUCUCCUGCUCCGCCCCUGCUGCUACAGCUGAGACUGCUACAGACGGAAGCACCGAAUCCGCUACAGCCGAGUCUGUUAUAUCUGAUUCUGGUGCUACAGCCAAAAAUGUUCCUGGUUUGAGUGACAGCAAGGGUUCAUGGGAAGGGAAGCAGGAAGGGGGGGUGGUGUGUGUGAGUGCACAGGAGGAAGAGAGUGUGUUGGCACGAGCAGCGGAAAAGGCAGUCAGAUUCGGCCUCCCGUUGAUCAUCAGAGACGUUUCACAAAUGAGCUCUAUUCUCUCCUCCCUCCUCCUCUCCUCCCCCUCCUCCUCCUCAUCCUCCUCUCACUCCCUCCUCUCCUCUCCGUCCUCCUCCCUCUCCUCCCCAGCUCUCUCCCUCACUCCCUCCCUAUUUAAAAUCCGCCUGUUGAACCGAGAAAUCGACGUUUCCCCCUCCUUCCGCCUCUUCCUUACGACCGAGUCCCUCCUCCCUCCUCUCUCCCCCUCUCUCUUAUCCAAAACCGCGGUCGUAACCACCGGAAUCUCGCCCUCCUGGCUGCGUCAGCACCUGCUGAGCCGCGUGAUUGGCCGAGAGCGCGCUGACGUGGCGCAGCAGCGGGACCGGGCGGCGGCUCUGCAGGAGCGUUGCCGACUGAGAUUGCGACAGCUGGAGGGGAGAUUGCUUGAGGUGCUGACGUCACCAGAAGAGGACGGGACGGAAGCGGGAGGUGUGGUAACCGGGAGCGUGGCUGUGACUCCUGCUCGUGCGGCUGGAAGUGGUGGUGGUAGUGUCAGUAGCACCCCUCCUCCUACUUUCAGCAUGUUUAGCGGAUUAAAACGACCGGCAGGCAUGGCAGCAACACCAACACCAACAGCAGCACACACACACGCAGCAGCAGCAGCAGCAGCAGCAGCAGCAGCAGUGGCAGCACAAACGCCAGUGGGAGUCUCUCUGUCUUCCCGGGCACUUGAAUCCCCGAUCCCCACGCCAGCCCCUCUCCCUCCUGUAAUGGACGACUCUACAGUCUCAAAAACUCUCGCUCAGAUUAAAAAAGACGCAGCAGCAGUCAAGGCGAAGGCCAGAGAGGUGCGGCUGGUAAUGAGACAAGUUGACGCCGUCCGGACGCUGUACGCCCCGCUGGCGGACGUCGGCGCGGCGGCGUUUUUCGUCCUUUCUGGGGCGGCUGCCGCCCUGCAGCAGCCGCUGUACAGAUUCUCGCUGGAUUUCUUUCUGCGGGCGUUUGACGACGCGAUUUUGGCUGCUAGUGGUGAAUCAGGUGGGAAAUCAGCAGCAGAAGUAACAGUAACAGCAACAGUAGCAGCAACAGCAGAAGCACAGUCAGAAGGUGCUGUAGCUGUGAAGCCGAGAGUGAGGCAGCUGGUGGCAGCAGUAUUGAGUGAGCUUAUAACGAGGACAGCAGAGGCAACAGAGUACCGGCACCACCUGCCUGUGGCCCUUGCCCUAUCCCGCUGCGCCAGGCUGGCAGAUGACGUGGACUGGGUUGGCUUGGCUACAACUGUCGCUGCAAAGUUUGCUACAGGGUCUGCUUGUGCGAUAGGCACUGCUACAGCCCCUGCUACAGCUGAGAGUACAGGCAGAGCAGCAGGUGAUAUUUCAGCCGCAGUGAAAGAGGAGCUGCAGCGUACGACUGCUGGGGCAGCUUAUAGCGAGUAUGAGGUCAGGGGGUGUGCUGCAGUGGAGGCAGUGGUGGGGUUCGUGGAGUCAAUGGCAGUCAACGCUGGUCAAACGGACAUUGCUGGGCGGAGACUGGUGGAGGCUGUGAUCAACGAUGCAGUGGCAGAAGCACAGAGGGCAGUGGAAGGAGGGGUGAGAGCUGUAGCAGCAGGCCCUAGGGUUGUAGCAGUGGCAAUGGGUUCAGACGAUGCAGUGGCAGAAGCACAGAGGGCAGUGGAAGGAGGGGUGAGAGCUGUAGCAGCAGGCCCUAGGGUUGUAGCAGCAGGCCCUAGGGUUGUAGCGGUGGCAAUGGGUUCAGACGAUGCAGUGGCAGAAGCACAGAGGGCGGUGGAGACAGGGGCGAGGGAGGGGCGGUGGGUGGUGCUGUGCAAUGCCCACCUGGCCCUAUCGGUGCCCAGGCACGCUGCGUGGCUUCAGCUGCUGCUCAACUCGUUACAGUCACGUGCAAGAUCGACGGUGGACGGAGGCCGAUCGACGGUGGACGGAGGCCGAUCAACGGUGGACGGAGGCCGAUCGACGGUGGAGGCGGCUCGAUCCGUGCCAGUGCAUCAGGACCAGCAGCAGCAGAAGCAAGUGCCAGUGCAUCGGGAUUUCCGGCUGGUGCUGACAGUGGAAGCGGCGGGGGCGGCUGUGCGGCUGAUGCCUCCCAAGCUGGUGGAGGCGUGUGACGUGCUGGUGAUGGAGGCACCGGCAGGGGUGAAGGGCAGCAUGCAGCUGGUGGAGGCGUGUGACGUGCUGGUGAUGGAAGCACCUGCAGGGGUCAAGGGCAGCAUGCAGCUGGUGGAGGCGUGCGACGUGCUGGUGAUGGAGGCACCGGCUGGAGUGAAGGGCAGCAUGCAGCUGGUGGAGGCGUGCGACGUGCUGGUGAUGGAGGCACCGGCUGGAGUGAAGGGCAGCAUGCAGCUGGUGGAGGCGUGCGACGUGCUGGUGAUGGAGGCACCGGCUGGAGUGAAGGGCAGCAUGCAGCUGGUGGAGGCGUGCGACGUGCUGGUGAUGGAGGCACCGGCUGGAGUGAAGGGCAGCAUGCAGCUGGUGGAGGCGUGUGACGUGCUGGUCAUGGAAGCACCGGCAGGGGUGAAAGACAGCAUGCAGAGAUCUCUGGAUUCCAUUCUCUCGCUCUCGGCCAGAGGCAGCAGCCAGUGGAGCCAGCAGCAGAGAAAGAGAAACGCAGCUGAAGAAGCAGAGAGGGGCAGCGAGCGGAGUGGGGUUGCUGUGGAGAAGAGGCGACAGGGGAAGCAGCAGCAGCCGGUGCUGCAAGUGCGAGGUGGUGACGAGGAGGAGGAGGAGGAGGAGGAGGAGGAGGAGGAGGAGGAGGAGGAGGAGGAGGAGGAGGAGGAGGAGGAGGAGGAGGAGGAGGAGGAGGAGGAGGAGGAGGAACAGAGGAGGAGGAGGCGGCAGAUGCUACGGGUGCGGGUGGGCAUGGCAUGGGUGCAUGCGGUGCUGCAGGAGCGAGUGCACUACGUGCCCAGGGGGUGGCUGUGCCCUUAUACCUUCAUGGACCAUGCAGUGUGGCUUAGAGCGUGUCUUGGAGUGCGGGUAGGCAUGGCGUGGGUGCAUGCGGUGCUGCAGGAGCGAGUUCACUACGUCCCCUGGGGGUGGCUGUGCCCUUAUACCUUCAUGGACCAUGUGAGAUCUCACCUGGGCGCUCUCUCUCCUCCAAGCCUGGCAAACAGACAGCCUCACCAGCCUAACGCCCCCCAACUGCCUGCCAGCAGUGCGCACCCUCCUCCUUAUCACACCUUCCCACACCCUGUCGCCCUUCUCACCGUUUCCCACCUCUUCCCACCCAUUUUUCCCCCUUUACAGGACCUCACCUGGGCUCUAUCCCUGCUACAAGCCUGGCAAGCAGACAGCCCUGUUCAUCUGACACCUAUAAACUGCCUGCCAGCAGUGAGAACACUCCUCCUCGACAUCGCUUACGGGCUCAAGAUGGAGACCCCUGCAGACCAUGCCACUCUCUCCCGCAUCGCGCUGAGUCCCUCACCGGAUGGCCUUCAAUCGGGGACAACCGUCCCUUCGCAUGUUCCUGAAAGUCUCACUCCAUCAACUGAUGGUGCUGAUCCAUUCGUUCUCAUACCCAGGCCAGAAACCACUCUUUCCGCAACAUCUGAGUAUGCUUCAAGACGUCUCGCAACUCUUCCCACGGAGACCGAAUCUGCAGCAGCUAAUUCUGCUGAAUUUCCUCCCUCCCUCGUGGCUGGACUUUCCGAACCUAGAGGUUCGGAUGCUACAACCGGAAGUACAGCCUCCGGACCUAACGGUUUGGAAGGUACGGCAGCAUCUGUACCAGUGGGGCCGAACCGUCGCCUUCUUGCGGGCUUACAUGGUCCCAGAGCCGUUGUCCGAGGCAAAAAGCCAGGCUCGGCCAGGCCUGCCGAACCUACAGAUCCGGCAGGCUCUGCUACAGCUCGUACAGCCUCUGCCGAGCAUGCAUCGGAGCAAGGAGAGAAAGGGGAAGAAGACAAGAAGAAUAUAGAUGCAACAGCUGCUUCUGGUGUGAGUGCAGCAGAGGGAAGCGAGAAAGGGGAGGAAGAGGACAAGGGAUUAGAUGCAGCAGCUGCUUCGGGAGCCACUGUUGCCACUGCUGCUGGUACCACUGACGAUGCUGCAGCAGCAGCAGCUGGUGCUACUUCCGCUGUUGCUGAAGCCAAUCGCAGCGAAGUUACUGGGGCGGGCAAGGAGGAGGAAAAGGGAGAGAAUGAUGCAGGGAGCGCAGAGGAGGAGGGUGCAAGGUCGGUCGGUGGGGCUGCAGAGAAUGAGAAGGUGACUGGUGGGGAAGCAAAGAAUGUGAAGACGGCUGGUGGGGAGGCAGAGAACGAAGAGGAAGAGGAGGCAGAGGAGGAGAAGGAGAUGGAGAAGGAAGGGACGAGAGGGGUGGAGAUGGAUGGGGGAAAACAGACUGCGAAGGGAGGAAAGGACGGGACAAGAGCGGAGGGCGUGAGUGGUGAGGAGCUGAAGGGGGAGGGCGUGAGUGGGCAGCAGCAGAGGGGUGAGCGCGUGAGUGGGCAGCAGCAGAGGGGUGAGGGCGUGGAGCAGAAGGAAAGGGAGGAGGAGGGUGAGUUGAAGGGAGGGGAAAUGAAGGGAGAAGAGGUGAAGGGAGAAGAAGCGGAGGAGGAUGAGGAAGUGAAGGUUGGGCCAGCGGAUUUGGGGAUGGAAAAGGUGGAUGAGGCACUUGCAGCAGCAGAAGAGGCAAUCAUGCCGAAAGCUAAAAGCACUGAUGCUGCUGGUAGUGCUGCUGCUGGCGGUGCUGGUGCUGGUGCUGGUGCUGGUGCUGGUGCUGGUGCUGGUGGUGGGAAUGUUACUAGUAGUGUGGCGAAUGUUACAAGUAGGGUGGGAGAGAAGAGAGGAGGAGAGGAGGAAUUGGUGGAUGCAACUGUUACAACCAAGGUGGGAGGUGAUAAGGGAGGUGAGAAGGAAGCGGGAGUGGUGGGGAAGAGAGGGGGUGAGGGGGGGACUAAAGAGGAGGCAGGAUUGGCUGGGGAAGAGGAGGAGGUGGAGGAGGAGGAGAAGAAGGAGGAGGAGGAGGAAGCGGCAGAGGAAACGGAAGAGGGCAAAGCAGAGGACGCAGCUGCAGCACAGGAGGUUGAAGAGCUAGCGACAGAGACGAAGGAGGGUGCAACUAAAGACAGCUGGAGGGUUAGCAAAGCAGGUCGUGAGGCAGGUGGAAAGGCAGGCGGCGAAGGCUCCACAGCAGCAGAGGAGGUUGAUGAGUUAGCGGCAGAGACAAAGGAAGGUGAAGAAUUGGAUGCAUCUUUGGUAGGUGGUCCUGCUGCAAAAGCCACUGGGGGAAAGGGUACAGCGACGAGUAGCUGGAGGGUCAGCAAAGCAGGUAGCAAGGCAGGUGGCGAAGGCUCAACAGCAGAAGCUGCCACAGCAGCAGGGGAAACGGAUGUUGCCGUGGUUGAUUUAGCUGCUGCAAACGCCACUGAUGGAGAGGGGUUGUCCGAAAAAGAAACGCUUACAGGAGCAGAGAUUACAGGGACUAGUGUGAUGAGAGGAGAAGAGGAGACGCGUGGGUCUACUCAAAGGUCGAAAGACCCGGCCGGAAAGGGCACGUUCGGGAAGGGUACUCUUACCGGAGCAGAUCUUACAGGGGAUAGUGUGAUGAGAGAGGGAGAAAGGGGAGAGGACGAAGAGGAGAGGGAGGGUGAAGGGGAGGAGCAGGCGGAGGAGGUUUUGGGUGAACGGCAGGGGAAGAAGGGAGGUGGCACAGAGGGGGUGAGAGUGGGAGAGGGAGAAAAGGGAGAGGAAGAGGAGCGGGAGGAGGAGAGGGAGGAGCAGGGGGAGGGGGGUUUGGGCGACAAUAUUUCUGUUACUGAGCGGCCGGGGAAGAAGGGAGGUGGCUCAAAAGGGGUGCGAGUGGGAGAGGGAGGGGAAGGAGGAGGAAGGGAUGAGGUAAGGAGAGAGGAGGAUGCAGAAAGGGAAGAAGAGGAGGGAGAGGAGGAGGCGGAGAUGAGAGCAGAGGAGGGAGGAGAGGAAGCGCUUUUGCACAGCAGGUCUCCGGGUAAAAAUGGGAAGGGUGGUGCAGCUGAGGGUGGGGUUGAUGGCGGGGUUGAGGGUGGUGCUGAGAAGGGGGCACUGGAUGCAGAAGCAGCAGCAGAGGAAGGAGACUCGGUGGCAGAUGGACGAGUACAUGGAAAUCCAACACCAGCAGCAGAAGCAGCUCCUGCUUCCAAGAAGGAUGCUGAGGGAAAGAGAGGAAAAGGAGGUGGUGCUGGUGAUUUUAGGAAGAGAACAGAUGGAGAGGAGGAUUUACCUGCUGCACAAGAAGAGGGGGAGAGUGAGGAUCGGGGUGAGGAGGCUGGGGAGAAAAGGGGAAAAGGAUUCGUUGGUAGUGAUGCGAGGAAAGGAACAGAUGGAGAGGAGGAGAGGGGACAAGGUUUAGUUGGUAGUGAUACCAGGAAAGGAACAGAUGGAGAGGAAGAGUAUGGUGCAGAAGAAGGGGCGAGAGAGGGGGAGAGAGAGGAUGGGAGUGUGGGGGGAAGGGAGGAGGAGGGUGAGUGGGCAAUGCCUGGAGACGACUUCGCUGCUGAAGAAGCACCUGAAGAUUCACCUGAAAAUUCACCUGAAGAUGCACUUGAGGGUUCGGCUGAGGAAGACGAGUAUCCUGCAGAAGGGGCGAACAGGGGGCGGGUUUCAGGUGGUAAGAAUGCAGGUGCAGUGACAGGUGAAAGAGGAGCAGGAGGGUUUCAGGCGUCUGAGAGUGAAGGAAAAGACAGUCUGCUGAAUGGAAAAGGAGCAGGGGCAGGGAGGCUUGGUGGGGGCGGUGGUGCUGGUGGUGGUGGUGAUGGUAGGGGGGGGUCACCUUAUGGGGGAGAGGAGGAUGAGUAUGGAACGCUUCAGGAUUUUGGUCCUUCCAAUCCAAAAGCAGCAGCAGGAGCAGGGGCAGGAAAGCUUGGUGGUGGUGGUGGUGGUGGUGGUGGUAGGGGUGGUGGGGGUGGUGGUGCGGGUAGUGGCAGGGAGUCUCCGUAUGGGGGAGAGGAGGAUGAGUAUGGAACACUUCAGGAUUUCGGUCCUUCCAACCCAAAAGCAUCAGCAGCAGAAGCAGCAGCAGGAGAAGCAGAGGAAAGAGGCACAGCAGCAAAAGCGGAGGCUGCAGCAGCAGGAGAAGAAGGAGAUGAAAUGUCCCAAUCAGGAAGCUCCAAGGCAACUCUGCCCUCAGAGCAAGAUCUCACCCCACCCUCCUUGCCUCCCUCCUUCAAUCCCCCCGUCUCUUCGUCGUCCUCCUUGGAACCCUCUUCUGCUUCUUCUCCCUCCCUCUCCUCUCCCUCCUCCCAGCCCUCCCUCUCUUCUCUUCUUGCCUCAACCUUAGAGCCUCGUAAGCGCCCGCAGGGUCAGCUGAAGCGCAACGCGGAUUCUGAGCCACCAUCCCCUCGCCAUCGCAUGACGAAGAAAGUACGUAAGGCGAUCACCGUGAAGGAGAAGCUGCACUGGUUGAAGCUGCAAGACUCUCAGCCCGACCUGGGGAAUCGCGCCUUGGCGAAGCUCGCGAAGGUGCAGCCCUGCCAGAUCCGCGAAUGGAGGAAGAUGAAGGAGCGGCUGGACGUCGCAUCUGGCUGCCGCCGUCACCUCAUGGGAUUUGGCCGCAAGGCGAAGUACCCGUUCAUGGAACGGGCGCCGGCAGAGGAGGAUGUAGCCGCAGAGGAGGAGGAGGCGGCGGAGGCGGCGGCGGCGGCGGAAGAGGAGGAGUGGAACACGCCCGAAGAAGGCGAGGAGGCGGGAGUGUUCAACGACGAGGAUGAUGAGUGGUGGCGCGCCGACCGCUAUGACGGAGAGGAGUGUGAGGAAUGGGUCGCAGGGGACGAUGAGGACUAG